CCAACAAAUGACAUUUAAUUUCCUCAAUUAGAAAAGAAGCAAGCGUUCUACUUUUUUUGCAAACCUAAGUACCGCCUGCGUCUUGGAGGAGGAUGACUAUCGCCAUGGAGAAGUCCAAAAACUUUCGCAUUGACGCGCUGCUGGCGCAUGAUUCAGACAGGAGGACGGACAGGGACUGCGUGUCCCCGAGACUGUUUCACAACAGGAGCCCUGAUAUUAGUCCAGCGUCGACGCGCGGCUCAGAUUCGCCCUCUUCUCAUCCAAAGUAUCCAAUCUCAUCUCCAGCCCAGCUGUCUGCUGUGUCCAAGCCGCAUCUCUUCAACCUGUCUCCGUCUGGAUUCACGGCUCUGCAACAAGUCGGUCUUAUUGGAAUGCAUCCGGGGUCCAUGUAUCCGCUGGCGGGCCUCGGAGGCCAGCACCCUGCCUUGAUGUAUCCAGCCUUUGCGCAGCUGGUUCAGCCUCAUCCSGAGCACACGAAGGGAGGCGGCAUGGCCACGAUGCUUCCAGUGGAUCCCUGGGUCAGAGGAGGAAUGGUGAUGCCAAGAUUUGGAGAGUAUGUAGUACCAGGUCAGGCAGCCUUACUGGGGAAGUGUCGAAGGCCCAGGACAGCUUUCACCAGUCAGCAGCUGCUGGAACUGGAAAAUCAGUUCAAGCUCAACAAGUACCUGUCCAGGCCCAAACGCUUCGAGGUGGCCACCUCGCUCAGGYUGACGGAGACUCAGGUGAAGAUCUGGUUCCAGAACAGACGCAUGAAGUGGAAGAGAAGUCGCAAAGCGAGGGAUCAAGUYACUGCAACAUCUGACGAUACAAUGGACAUACAGAGUCUCAAACAUCAUCAUAUCUCCCUCAGCUCAAGCCUGGAAGAUGAGAGUCAGAGAGAGAUGGAGGAUGAGUUUGGAAUAGAAGAAAUGAAACAGCUGAGCAAAGCAUCUUUGAGCUCUGUCACCUUCACAAGAUACAGAGGAGGAGAUGGUGGGGCAGGGAUCUACACUUCUUACUCUGAGGAAGAGAUUGAGGAAGGUCUUCCAAGAGAAAGAAGUGGAAGUUCUUCAUAGGAUGAAUUUGUGGAUGUGUGCUUACUAUAUGUUUAUUUGGUUUAAUAUUUAUUAUGAUUUUUGUAACUACAGCAGAGUUCCUGGAGGAAAACUACAGUUCCAUCUUUCCAGUAGAAAAAUGUGUCAGUAAAUUGUUGUGCUCUUUAGCCCUUACACAAUGAUUUAAAGUUCAUCACUUUCCCUUACAGUUUAAAGACAAGCAUGCAAGAUUUUAUGUUUAUGUUUGUAAGAAAUGACCUUCUGCAGAGGCAAUAAAGCAGAUUACACACAAUAACUAAAGUGUUAAUGUGUAUGCACUUAAACAAGAUAUACUUAUUUUAUUCUUGGUUACACUUUUGGGCAAAGAGUCAGAACAGAUUUGUAGACGGAAACACGUGAACCAUGUCCCUAAAUAUUCCCUUUUCUUUGUCUACUACAAAGUAUGUUGUAUUUUAAAGUACUUAUCAUUUUAUCUUUUGGAAUAAAAAAAUUCAUGUGGUAAACACUUAUUAACUGUUAACCCUUGGUGUUUUGCUUCACACUUUUGUGAGAAAUGUUGUUGUGCAGGACUGUUUUUGUCAUGUUAAAUUGCUUGUUAAUUUAAUUAAAGUCACAGUCUCAAAAUACUUAC